AUGUCCGAAGAGGAACCGAAAACGGAGAAGCAACUGAUUCGCCAAGCGGAGAAGGAGCGGAAAAAGAAGGAAAAGUUGGAGAAAGAACUGAAGAAGAAGAGAGAAGGUUUAGCGUCGUCAUCGGGAGGAGGAGGCUCGGUUGUAACGGUGCACGCGUCGCAAACGCCUCCGGUUCACUUGGAUGCCGUCUCCGGCACGCGAGACUUCUUCCCCGAGGAGUUUCGAUUGCAAACGUGGUUGUUUGAGAAAUUCCGGAAAUGUGGUCUCAGAGCAGGGUUCGAGGAGUACGACGCGCCGGUGUUGGAACGGCAAGAGUUAUACAAACGGAAAGCCGGGGAGGAGAUCACGCAACAGAUGUAUUCGUUCGUGGAUAAAGACGGGGUGGAAGUGACGCUGAGACCGGAGAUGACGCCGACGUUAGCGAGGAUGGUGUUGUCGAGAGGCGCGUCGAUGAUUUUGCCGCUGAAGUGGUUUUCGAUACCGCAGUGUUGGAGGUUUGAAGCCACGCAGAGAGGAAGGAAAAGAGAGCAUUAUCAGUGGAACAUGGAUAUUAUUGGGUGCAAGGAAAUAACCGCGGAGGUGGAGUUGUUGAGCGCGGCGGUGGAGUUUUUUAAGAGCUGCGGGAUUACGAGCGCGGACGUCGGGAUUAAAGUGAAUUCGAGGAAAGUCAUGCAAUCGAUGUUGACGAUUAACGACGUGCCGGACGAGAUUUUCGCGCCGACGUGCGUGAUAUUGGACAAGCUAGAUAAGAUUGGCGCCGAGGCGGUGGUAAAGGAGUUGACGGAGACGUUGGGGUUACCGAGAGAAACCGCGGAGAACGUGGUGAAGACGUUGAGUUGUAAAACGGUCGAGGAGUUGGAGGAAAUGGCCAGAGAGGCGAUCGAGGUAAGUAGCGGUGGUGAUGAUGGUGAUAAUACUAAUAGCAAUACGAAAGCCGUGGACGAUUCAUCCAUACGCGAGUUGAAAGAAUUGUUCAAACUGGCGGAGGAGUACGGUUUCGGCGACUGGCUCCAAUUCGACGCUUCCGUCGUGAGAGGAUUAGCGUAUUACACCGGCGUCGUCUUUGAAGCGUUCGAUAAAGCCGGCGAGUUGAGAGCGAUCGCCGGUGGUGGUAGAUACGAUAAGUUGUUAUCUUUGUACGGAGCGACGACGCCGGUACCGGCGUGCGGGUUUGGUUUCGGCGAUUGCGUCAUCGUCGAACUUUUGAAGGAGAAAAAUUUACUCCCAAACGUCCAAAAAAGGGUUGAUUUCUGCGUCUGCGCGUAUAACAAAGACAUGCAAGGCAAGGCGAUGAAAGCGGCGGGUUUGUUGAGGCAGACUUCUCCUCCUUCGAAUGGUAGUGGUGGUGGUGGUGGUGGUAGUAGUAGUAACGAUGAUGACGGAGAUGGAAACAUUAAUAGCGCCGACGAAAACAAAAGACUCGUCGUCGUCGACGUCCUCCUCGAACCGAAAAAAAAAGUCGCGCAAACCUUCGAUUACGCCAACCGCAUCGGCGCAAGAUACGUCGUCUUCGUCGCCCCUUCGGAGUGGGAAAACGGAUGCGUCCGCAUAAAAGAUUUACGAGCGGAAGAGUACGCCGAAGACGACGCCGAUAAACAAGUCGACGUGAAAAUCGAAGACUUAUGGAACGCUUUAGAGCAGAUGCGAGAGAAUGAAAAUCGCGUGCGAGCGAGGAGAGGGUUCGCUUCCCUUUAG